AAACCAAAUCAAAUCAAAUCGACGCGACGACGAGAGGGGGCGAGAGAGAGAGAAGCCAACAAAACAAAAGGGGGGGCGCCGACGCCAGCACAUCCUCCUGCUCCUCCCCACCACCACCACCUCCCGUCUCAUCGCCCCCUUCCAAAUCCACACCCUCCCGCCGCCGCCGCCGCCGCCGCUAUCGCCAUCCUCCCGCGAGGUCACCGUACCCCCUCGCGGUCCGGUGAGGACGGGGAGGAGGCGGGGGGAGCGGAAACCCUAGAUGACCCCGAUCCCUGGUCCGGACCAGCAGAGAGCCUUCCGGAUUGCGCCCCUUCGAUCGCCGCCGCAUCGCCCCGCCGCCUAGGGUUCCCGCGCCUAUAGAUCGGUUUGGGGGAGUGCCAAGUAAUGAUGGGGUCCAGGCGGCCCAGGCGCGUUUCGUGGGCCACCGGGGCCAAUCUCUGCAAGGUAAGGCUUUUUCUCUCAGAGGAUUCCCCUUCUCAAGCUGGAUUAAGACCGCAAGAUAAUCUGCAAGCAAAAGGCUCAUGGUUAAUGCAUGCAGCUGGCCCAAGCUCGGAUGAUUCACUGCCUCCGGGCUUUGAAUCAUUGCAGCCAACCAACGAUCACAAAAUUGACAUAUCUCAAAUCCCUCUUAUUAGGUGGAGAUGCCCACCACAGAUAUUGUACAAUCCUGACUGGCUUGUUGUCGCUGGAGAAGAAAGUGUUGAGGCUGCCUUACAGAAUGAGAGAAUAUUUGGAGCCCUUGAGGCUAUAUAUCCACGGUCAUCAAACAUUCCUCCGAACCCAUUUGUCUCUCCUGAUGUGAAAGACUCCUAUUUUGAUGAUUCUCGGACCCAAUUGGUUCCGUUGAUCCCUGUUGAAGAGGAUGAUGUUUCUGAUCAGUUGGAAGAACCACCAGCUGGUCCACCAAACAGUUACCAUCAGUCAGAUAAGUAUGACUCUGCAAUAGUCAGGGUCCCACAAGGCUCAGAUGCCCCAUUUACCACUGCACAGCAGCACCCCAAUGGUUCCAUCAACACAGCAAGUGCUGCUGGUAUCUCCACUGAUCCUGAUGCAGUGGCUGCCGCAAUAAUGCAAAGCAAUCAAAUGGGAAAUAUGAUUGACCAAGAUCUACUCAUCAAAAUACUAAGUGACCCUGCCCAACUUGAGAGGCUAAUGAAAGAAUAUGGCACACUUAAACAUGAACAACCAACCAACAGUCCUGUUCCUGCCCCGAUGCUACGAGGCCCACCGCCCCAAAUGACAGCUAGCAUUCCAGUCCCUUUCCCAGAUCAUGUGACAACAUUUCAUAACAUAAACCCUACGCUGCCACCUCCACCACCUGUGAUGAAUCGGCUGCCUCCAGCUAUUCCUUCAGUUGGCAUGAAUCCUCCAGCAAGUUCGAGUCAAGCAGUGAACUUCUCAAAUAUUCCAGGUAGGGGUAUCAACUAUUACAAGACACUGAUCCAUCAGCAUGGAGGGGAGAGGCAGGAACCACUUCAGCAGCAUGGGAUGCAGUUUGCAAUGCAUCACCAUUCUGUUCCUUCGCAGACUAGCACCAUUGAUGUGGUUAGCAAUGGUUCUAUGCCAGGUAGGGAGAAGCAAAGGCCUACGAAGCCCUGUGCUUACUUCAACAGCGCCAGGGGGUGUCGCAAUGGUGCAAACUGCACGUUUCUGCACGAUGUGUCAGCCGCGAGGAAAGAGCAGCCAAAGGGAUCGAAAAGGAUAAAGCUAGACAGCAGAAUAGCCGGCCGGUAUUGACUAUUGAGCAGCGGCUGCUGCUGGUUGAUUUUUGACUGUUCUUUGGUUCGAUAUUCUUAUUUCGCCAUCUUUCUUUCUUUUUUCCAAAUGAUUCAGUAAAUAUUGCGCUUCAGUUCCUUGGUUCUUUCGCUUCCAGUGCCCAUUUAAUCUUUGUCAAGGGAAGAAAAUGUUUUAGAAAGAAAAUCAUUCCAUGAUUAAUUGAAGCUCUGAGUUUUACUGAAUG